CUUGCUAUUACCGCUAGCACGCAUGCUAACGCAGUUACUUGAUGCGCCGUAGUGCGAUAAAGCAACAUUGGAUAAACUUUGAAACGCUGGGAAGAUACUGAUUAAACCCACCUCUCUUUUUUUGGAUGAUCUUUCGAGGCCUUAGUGGAGUUUUCGAAUUUACCGGGUGAUACACUGACGCGAAUGUUAGCUGCGCAAUGAGCUAUGCGGCUAAGCUAAUGAAUGGAGACGUUUGUCAACAACUGCGAUGCUUUGUGUUUGAGCGAUAGGUUUCCUUGGUCAAUCCUAACAUCGCUGCUGGCGCUCUUUAACCUACCAGGACAGCAGAUUUAGUCUUAAAUAAAGAUCGGAUUUACACAUAUGAUCUUGUAGACCACGUAGCUUGAACGAGCUGGGUAAAAUUGCACCAGGAAGAAAACAUGCAGGACACGGGCACAUAGAAGGCGUUGCUGUUGCCGCACGAUGAAACCAGAACUGUCGCGCCAUUUCUUAAUUCUUCUAGUCUAUUUCUGAAUCUGGGAUUACGAUUACUUUUCUGGAUUAAAGGUAGCUGCACCGUGUGGCAAGGGGGUGGUGGCCGAGAUUCGUCCGGCCUGACCUGGUCUGGCCUGUGCACGGAUGCUGAAGUAAGGAUCUAUCAGCAUCUCCCAGAUGCUCCACCGUCGACUUCCCCUUAAACCGCUAGAUUGAUGAGGAUUUGGACCAUCAUGGCGGAAAUGGAGAUACACCUUUCGGAACAACGUUGCUUGUGGAGCCCAUCUCAACGUUAAUCCAUACUUGAGAAUACCAGACUGUUUACUUCUCCGUCAUGACUAGCUUUGCCGAGUUUGUUCCACCACCGGAGUGUCCGGUGUUCGAACCCAGUUGGGAGGACUUUUCGGAUCCUCUGGGUUUCAUCAACAAGAUCCGACCCAUCGCAGAGAAAAGUGGCAUCUGCAAGAUCCGACCUCCCGAGGACUGGCAGCCUCCGUUCGCCUGCGAUGUCCGUAACUUUCGCUUCACACCAAGGGUGCAAAGACUCAACGAACUUGAGGCCCUUACCCGAGUCAAGCUAAACUUUCUGGAUCAAAUCGCAAAGUUUUGGGAGCUACAAGGAUCCAAAAUGCGAUUUCCACAUGUGGAGAGGAAGAUCCUGGACCUCUAUCAGCUAAGCAAGAUUGUGUCAUCGGAGGGUGGCUUCGAGACGGCGUGCAAAGAGAAGCGGUGGUCUAAAGUGGCCGCCAGGAUGGGUUACCCACCUGGGAAAGGCACCGGUUCACUACUACGAUCGCACUACGAGCGCAUCAUGUACCCAUACGAACUGUUUCAGUCUGGGGCCUCACUUACUGGCAUCCAACGUCUGUAUGAGGAGGGGGACGACUCGGAAGAUGUUGACGAGGGAGUCGGGGAGGAGACAGUGGAGGAGGAGGAGGAUCAGGAGGAAGAGGAGGACAAGGAUGGAGAAGUGGACCCAACACAGACCAAAGACCAGCUUCUACCAGAAAGACGGUCACGGCGUCUGAAGUCCGGGAGAGAAAAUAAGGAACCAAAAUCCCUGAAACUCUUCAGUUCAAGUCCCAAAAUGGUGGAUCUGGAGAUAGUAUCUGCUGACGACAGUUUCAACAAGAAACACAGACACCUCAAAGCACAAGCUUUCGCCAUCAAGAUGAGACCGCGCAAGGAGACGCUGGAUGUCAACUUUAUCGACCUCUACCUGUGCCUGAUGUGCGGCCGAGGCGAUGAGGAGGACCGGCUACUUCUCUGUGAUGGUUGCGACGACAGCUAUCACACGUUUUGCCUGAUCCCACCCCUGCAGGACGUUCCCAAAGGCGACUGGCGCUGUCCCAAAUGUGUCGCCGAGGAGUGCAGCAAACCCAGAGAAGCGUUUGGCUUUGAGCAAGCAGUAAGAGAAUACACGCUUCAGAGUUUCGGAGAAAUGGCCGACCAAUUCAAGUCAGACUACUUCAACAUACCGGUCCACAUGGUUCCCACCGAGCUGGUGGAAAAAGAGUUCUGGCGCCUGGUGAGCAGCAUCGAGGAAGACGUAAUUGUGGAGUACGGAGCCGACAUCAGCUCCAAAGAAGUUGGCAGUGGGUUCCCUGUUCGGGACGGAAAGAGGAGGCUGCUGGGGGAUGAAGAGGACUAUGCCAACUCUGGCUGGAACCUGAACAACAUGCCAGUGCUGGAGCAGUCUGUGCUGACCCACAUCAACGUGGACAUCUCUGGGAUGAAGGUUCCAUGGCUCUAUGUUGGAAUGUGCUUCUCUUCCUUCUGCUGGCACAUUGAGGACCACUGGAGUUACUCCAUCAACUUCCUGCACUGGGGCGAGCCAAAGACAUGGUAUGGUGUCCCGGCCUCCGCGGCUGAGCAGCUGGAAGCUGUAAUGAAGGAGCUGGCUCCAGAACUCUUUGACUCUCAGCCGGAUCUUCUCCAUCAGUUGGUCACUAUCAUGAAUCCCAACGUGCUAAUGGAGCAUGGUGUCCCAGUCUACAGGACCAACCAGUGUGCCGGAGAGUUUGUGGUCACCUUCCCCCGAGCGUAUCACAGCGGCUUCAACCAGGGAUACAACUUUGCUGAAGCGGUCAACUUCUGCACAGCUGACUGGCUGCCAAUGGGUCGUCAGUGCGUGGCCCACUACCGCCGGCUGCACCGUUACUGCGUCUUCUCUCAUGAGGAGCUGCUGUGCAAGAUGGCCGCCGACCCUGAGACCCUGGACGUGGAGUUGGCAGCAGCUGUGUUCAAGGAAAUGGGCGACAUGAUGGAGGAAGAAACGCAGCUGCGACAGGCAGUGCAGGAAAUGGGGGUGCUGUCCUCAGAGCAGGAGGUGUUCGAGCUGCUUCCAGAUGAUGAGAGACAGUGCUACAAGUGCAAGACCACCUGCUUCCUCUCUGCACUGACGUGUCCCUGUAGUCCUGACCGGCUGGUGUGUCUGCACCAUGCUGCUGAUCUGUGCGAAUGUCCACUCGGCAAUAAGUGUCUCAGGUAUCGCUACGACUUGGACGAGUUCCCGUCUAUGCUGUUUGGUGUAAAGACCCGAGCUCAGUCCUACGACACCUGGUCCAAGCGGGUCACAGAGGCUUUGUCUGCGGACCAGAAGAACAAGAAAGAUCUAAUUGAGCUUAAGGUCCUACUGGAGGACGCGGAGGACCGCAAGUAUCCGGAGAACUCUCUGUUCCGUCGACUUAGGGAGUUGGUGAAAGAGGCGGAGACAUGCUCGUCCGUGGCUCAGCUCCUGCUAAGUCGGAAGCAGAGACACAGCAGCCGCCUACGUUCGGAAAGCAGCUGCACUCGCACCAAACUGACGGUGGAUGAGCUCAAGGCCUUCGUGGAGCAGCUGUACAGGCUUCCGUGUGUUAUCAGCCAGGCCCGGCAUGUCAAAGAGCUGCUGGAGAACGUGGAGGACUUCCAUGAGCGAGCCCAGAUCGCUCUGGCUGAUGAGACUCCCGACUCCUCCAAGCUGCAGGCUCUGCUGGACCUUGGCAGCGGUCUAGAUGUGGAGCUGCCUGAGCUACCACGACUCAAGCAGGAACUGCAGCAGGCCCGCUGGCUGGAUGAGGUGCGCGUAACUCUGACUGAGCCGCACAGAGUCACCCUGGAGUUGAUGAAGAGGCUGAUAGACUCCGGGGUGGGCCUGGCACCGCACCAUGCCGUAGAGAAGGCCAUGGCGGAGCUGCAGGAGGUCCUCACUGUCUCUGAGAGAUGGGAGGACAAAGCUCGAGCCUGUCUGCAGGCCCGGCCCCGCCACAGCAUGGUCACUCUGGAGAGCAUUGUACUUGAGGCCCAGAACAUACCAGCUUACCUCCCAAAUGUCUUGGCUCUCAGAGAUGCUCUGCAGAAAGCUAAGGAGUGGACCUCUAAAGUGGAGGCCAUCCAGAGUGGUGGCAGCUAUGCGUACCUGGAGCAGCUGGAAAGCCUGCUGGUCCGUGGGCGCUCCAUCCCAGUCCGAUUGGAUCCACUGGCCCAGGUGGAGUCUCAGGUCACAGCUGCUCAGGGUUGGCGGGAGCGUACUGCCCGGACCUUCCUAAAGAAGAACUCCACCUACUCGUUGCUGCAGGUCCUCAGUCCUCGCCUGGACAUCGGAGUCUACGGCAACAGCAAGAGCAAGAGGAGACGAGUCAAAGAGCUGAUGGAGAAGGAGCGAGGCGGCUUUGAUGUCGAUGCCAUCAGUGACAUGGAUGAAAAUAUGGAGGACGUCCGGGACCCUGCUGCCGUUGUGGCCGCCUUCAAAGCUAAAGAGCAGAAGGAAGUAGAGGCGAUCCACUCCUUGCGAGCAGCCAAUCUGGCCAAGAUGGCCAUGGCCGACCGCAUUGAGGAGGUCAAGUUCUGCCUGUGCCGGAAGACGGCAAGUGGUUUUAUGCUCCAGUGUGAGCUCUGCAAAGACUGGUUUCAUGGCGUGUGCGUGCCACUGCCCAAGACGGGGUCACAGAAGAAGGUGGGAGUCAGCUGGCAGAGUAACAGCAAGGACUCCAAGUUCCUAUGUCCAUUGUGCCAGAGGUCCAGGAGGCCCAGGCUGGAGACCAUCCUGUCACUGCUGGUGUCACUGCAGAAGCUGCCUGUACGACUCCCAGAGGGAGAGGCGCUGCAGUGUUUGACGGAGAGGGCCAUGAGCUGGCAGGACCGGGCCCGACAAGCCCUGGCCACAGACGAGCUCUCGUCAGCACUGGCCAAGCUGUCUGUGCUGAGUCAGCGUAUGGUGGAGCAGGCUGCCCGGGAGAAGACGGAGAAGAUCAUCAAUGCGGAGCUGCAGAAGGCUGCUGCCAAUCCCGACUUACAGGGCCAUAUCCAGACUUUUCAGCAAUCUGGCUUCAGUAGAGCGACAUCCCCUCGACAGUCCGUGGAUUACGAUGACGAGGAGACGGACUCAGAUGAGGACAUCAGGGAGACCUACGGCUACGACAUGAAGGACGCUGGAGAGGUGAAGCCGUACCUUUUCUGUGAUGAAGAGAUCCCUGUCAAAUCUGAGGAAGUCGUCAGUCACAUGUGGCCGUCUGCCACACCCUCGUUCUGCGCAGAACACGCCUACUCCUCCGCUUCCAAGUCCUGUGUGCAGACCGUGAGCACACCGAGGAAGCAGCCUAGGAAGACCCCUCUGGUCCCCCGCAGCCUGGAACCCCCUGUUCUGCAGUUGUCGCCGCCAGCCAAAGCGCAACUGGAAGAGCUGAUGAUGCUGGGAGACCUACUGGAGGUGUCGCUGGAUGAGACGCAGCACAUCUGGAGGAUCCUGCAGGCCACUCACCCACCGUCCGAGGAGCGCUUCCUGCAGGUUCUGGAGCCUGAAGACUCUCUGAUGGACAAACCUAUCAAGAUCAAACUCAAAGACUCUGAGAAGAGACGGCGUCGUAAGCUGGAGCGAGCUGAGCACCAUCACCACAUGAUGCUGGCCACUGCUGCGUCUGCUGCAGGCACCAUCGUCAUAGGGGAUGUGCGCUCGGCCAAGUCCAGAGACCUGAAGCGGGUGGGCCUGGAACUGGGGCUUAGCAAGAGCAAGAAGAAGAAGCUCAAACUCAAUCUGGACAAGAACCGCGAGAUGAAGCAGUUGGCCAAGCGCCUGGCCAAGGAGGAGAAGGAGCGGAAGAGGAAGGAGAAGGCGGCGGCUAAAGCAGACGGCUCGCGAGAGGGACUGGACAAGAGGAAGGAGAAGAAGAUCUUGGACAUCCCGUCCAAAUACGACUGGUCGGGUGCAGAGGACUCCAACGACGAAAAUGCUGUGUGCGCUGCCAAGAACUGCCAGAGGCCAUGCAAAGACAAGGUGGACUGGGUGCAGUGUGACGGUGGCUGCGAUGAGUGGUUCCACCAGGUGUGUGUAGGCGUGACCUCGGAGAUGGCGGAGAAUGAGGACUACAUCUGCGUGGACUGCACACGCAAGACAGGGCGGGGAAGGAGGAGUGAGGUGGGGGGUGGUGUGACUGUAGAAGAAGUAUCCGUGGACGACACCGUGGUGGUUUUGGCUGCCUCUUUGCCUGGUCUGUCAUCGCAGACCGCCACCUGGACUGUGGCGUCUUCCAACCUGCCUGCCGCCCAGCUACAGGAGCCGCCGCAGAGCAGCUAGCGCUUGUGAUGUCCAGCUCCUGAUUUUACAACUUCUUCCUGUACCUCUGUGGUCCAGCGACUGAUGAGAUGUUCAAGUCAUUGACAUUCUGGAAUACAGAGCACACGGAACUGUCAGAACCAUGUCAACCCAUCCUCGACAAUAGUACUCCCCGGUUUGUAUCCUGGCAUUCGUACAUUCCCAAAGUGUUGCGUACGUAGGACUGGGGUCCCACUAGCUUUCUGCCUGUACUGUAGUUGGUUUAUUUAUAAUGUAAAUAGAUUUUGACGACAGGAUGCUGUGGCUUUUGGUUCUUUUCUCACCUUUAAUAAAUGAUUCCUAGUCAAUGCU